AUGUCACUCGCACCAGAUGUAACAUCGGCAAGGACGGAAGACACAUUUGUCUUGCCGCAUCAGCCAGUGAUAUGCCCGGAAAGUAUCACGACGAAACUACGUGUCGUUUUUGAUGCGUCAGCGAAAACCUCUCUCGGAACAUCGUUGAAUGACAAGCUUUUAAUAGGACCGAAUCUUCAAAAGGAUUUGUUCGAAAUUAUUCUGCGGUUUGGAUCGCAUAAAGUCGUGCUAACAGCAGACAUAACAGCCAUGUUUCGACAGAUUCGCGUUCGAGAGGAAGAUCGCGGAUUACAAACAAUCUUGUGGAGAUCGGACGUAUCACAACCAAUUCAAACGUACCAGUUGAACACCGUAACGUACGGCACAGCUCCAGCACCCUUUCUAGCGAUGCGAUGCUUACGGCAGCUCGCAGCGGAGGACUCUAAAUAUCCUCAAGCAGCAAAAAUGAUCGAGGAAGACUUUUACAUGGAUGAUGUGUUGACCGACAGUCUGUUGAAACUCGACAAGGAAGGAGCUCUAAAAACUUUGGGCCUUCUGUGGGACGCGAAAACUGACAUCAUGCAAUAUAGCGUGACAAUUGAUGAAUCGACAAAAAUAUCAAAGAGACUCGUGCUGCCCAAGAUUGCUCAAAUAUUUGACCCUUUGGGUUUAUUGGGUUCUACACUAAUUAACGCAAAGUGUAUAAUGCAGCAGAUCUGGCAAUUGCAAACCGGUUGGGAUGAGAAUUUACCGCCGCAGCUUCAAAACACCUGGGAUGAAUACUACAACUCGUUACCUAAAAUAAACGAGAUACGCAUACCGAGAAAUAUAAAUCCGGGAAACGACAGCGGAAAAUUCGAUCUGAUUGGAUUCGGAGACGCUUCCGAAAAGGCGUAUGGAGCUUGCCUCUAUGCAGUGUCAAGGAAUUCAAAGGGUGAAACGAAUUCACAUUUGAUAUGCUCGAAAGGUAGAGUAGCCCCGUUGAAAACAAUUUCGCUACCGAAACUCGAACUCAACGCAGCGCUCGUACUUGCAAAACUGUGUCAUGCAGCGACGCAAGCAUUCUCACAAAAAAUACAAGGCAUUUAUCUGUGGAGCGACUCGACGGUCACACUAACUUGGAUAGCUUCAUCACCGAAUCUUCGGAAAAUAUACGUGGCUAACAGAGUGACAAAAAUUCAAAAUUUAACACGCAAUGCGGUAUGGCUUCAUGUCCCGUCGGAGCAUAAUCCCGCAGACUUAAUAUCGAGAGGCAUGACGUUCGAAGAUUGGGAGACGAGAGACUUGUGGUGGCACGGGCCUCCUUGGCUAAAAACCGGAGAGUGGCCCGAACAAAAAACCAUCAACAUCGAUACAUCCGAGAUGAAACCAUCGGUUGUACUCAUCUCAUCAAAAAGCACGAGUGACGUGCUGAGGAAAUUUUCAACAUACGGAAAGCUUGAGAGAGUGUUAGCUUACUGCAUUAGAUUCAGAUUCAACGCCUUGGGCCCAAAACAGAGUGGAUCUUUGACAGUGGAGGAGCUCGAGGGCGCCGAAAAGGCGAUAGUGAAAAUGACUCAGAGAGAAUCAUUCUUUCCAGAAUACAAUGCAUUGAAGCAGGGUGAGCAAGUCCCAAAGGGCAGUAAACUUGCCGUUCUCAGCCCUUUCUUAGACAAGAGGGAAUUAUUCGAGUGGGAGGCAGACUGUCAGGCGCUAACAUUCCCGAAACACAAAAAUAUCCGAUUAUUUUACCAGAUCGUCAUCACAUACUGGGCUCUAUCUGGACGGCGAGAAGCUCGAAAAGUCACAAGCAAUUGUAUCCAGUGUUAUCGAAGUAGACCGAAGGUACCGGAUGUUAUGAUGGGCGAUCUGCCGACUGAACGUGUUCGAGGUUCUCUGAAGCCAUUCACUAAUGCAGGCGUGGAUUACGCGGGACCGUUGCAAGUUCGAGAAAGUCGGAGACGAGGUAGAGUCCCUACAACGAAAGCUUGGAUCGUGGUUUUCACAUGUCUCGCAACAAGGACUGUGCACUUAGAACUCGUGACGGAGAUGACAACAGAAGCAUUCCUAUCAACACUACGUAGAUUCGUGGUCCGAAGAGAAAUUUGUUCGACUAUGAUAUCCGAUAAUGGAACAAACUUCGUGGGAGCAGCAAGGGAGUUGAAAGAAUUAUACGCAUUCUUGGAGAGCGAAAAGCAAACUAUAUCGGAUCACCUAGCUCAGCAACGUCUAGUCUUUACGUUUGAGGAGUAUUACACACUUCUUGUUGAACUCGAAUCAAUCCUCAAUUCCCGUCCACUCACACCUCUUUCGAGCAAUCCUAACGACACAACAGCAUUGAGCCCUUCCCAUUUCCUAGUAGGGAACUCACUCUUGUUACCAACAGAACACAACUACUUGAAAGUUCCCGAUAAUCGAUUGUCUCGUUGGCAACACUUGCAAAAAGUGAGGCAGCACUUUUGGAACCGAUGGUACCAGGAGUAUCUUUCGGAAUUGCAAAAACGCCAGAAAUGGCAUUUCAACCACAGCAACGUAAAUGUGGGAACUCUGGUUCUGCUCAAAGAAGAGAACCUUCCACCACUCCAAUGGCUUCUUGGUCGAGUCGUUGAAGUACAUGUGGGAGCAGACAACAUCGUCCGAGUAGCUACGGUUCGAACGUCAACCGGUCUGUUCAAGAGAGCAGUAAAAAAGCUCUGCCCCUUGCCAGUGGAAGAAGAGGACAAAUUCUAA